UGUUAUCCAUCUUGUACAGACAAGCCCUCUAUUAUUUGACGCGACAGGUGAACUGACGGGAGUUUGUUUGCACGAAUUCUUGAAAUAUAAACAGAAAAGAAAAGAACUUUCUAAUGACGUCUUCUCGAAUUGGAACUAUGGUAAGAUAUGGCCACCUUGUUCUCAUCUCAUGGCAGAUGUAGAAUCGGCACCUAUUUGAUAAUAUUUGGAGGCUUAAUUUUCCUGUCCUCUUUGAGUUUGGCUGGUUGUGAAAUUCACCGAACUCGCACUCCGCGAGUCGCCAGGGCUAACCCGAAGGCGUACCCGGGAUCUGAUGCCGCAGGCGCAGGGACCAAGGCGUUCGGCGACAGUGAGCAACCGGUGUCGGACGCUGGAGUUGGAAAAGACGAAUUCGAAGAAGAGGCAGAUGACUUUUUAAAACAAGAUACGUAUUCUCAAACGGAGGCAUGGAUCUAUGCAUUGGCAUCAACUGUUCUCGUGGGUCUUAGCGGCAUAUUUCCUUUAUUUUUGCCAAUUGAGAUUGAUCCAUCAACUCAUGAUGAGAGAGGAGCAGCCAAAUUUAAUUGUAUUCUAAGCUUUGCUGUUGGAGGGAUGCUUGGUGAUGUCUUCAUUCAUCUACUGCCAGAAGCUUGGGCUCAUAUUGAUCAAAAUGAUUACAAUGGACACAUCAAAGUGGGUUUAUGGGUCAUCUUUGGGAUGAUCCUCUUCCUGUCUAUAGAGAAGAUAUUUGGUGAAGAAGAGGAAAAGCCAUGUCCAGCAGAAGAAGUAUCAAAUGGAGAAAUCAAGUCAGAAAUCCAUCAUGAUGACAAGUUGAUAAAGCACAACGGCUCCGCAUCACCCAUUGGAAACGGAGAGAAAACCUACCGUCCCCUGAAUGGAUUGGAACAGAAUGGCAUCUUAAAGAGAAGACCCCUAAAUACCAACACUUGUAUCACAAGGACUAAUGGCAUGAAUGGUUUGUCAAAUGGAGACCAUAAAAUAAUCCAGGCAUUACCCAAGAAUGAGGAGAAGGAUACAAAGGAAAAGAAAGUAAAGGUUGUAGGAUAUCUGAAUCUACUGGCAAACUUCAUUGAUAAUUUUACCCAUGGUAUAGCUGUGGCUGGGAGCUUUCUUGUUAGCAAAAAGGUCGGUAUGCUCACAACGGCAGCCAUUUUGUUACAUGAAGUACCCCAUGAGGUUGGUGACUUUGCUAUCCUACUCCGGUCCGGGUUCUCAAGGGUGCAGGCAACCAAAUCCCAGAUCUCAACAGCUGUGGGAGGGCUUGUUGGUGCAGUACUCACCCUCCUCUCCGAAUCGGCACAAGAAACAGGUAACCGAGCUGCGUGGAUCCUUCCAUUCACUGCAGGGGGCUUUAUACACAUUGCCCUAGCUACUGUUCUUCCAGAACUUCUUCAAGAGACAAAUUGGAAAGAGUCAAUAAAACAGAUGAUUUGCCUGCUGUCUGGCAUUGCUGUUAUGGGUGCUGUGAGCAUUUUAAUAGAAUAAACAGAUGACUGGUAGCUGGAGAAAUUCUGUGUGAUUGGUACUCAUCCCCCUUGGAUUGCCUCAUCCGAGCUACGUACAAUGUCACCAGCAGAUGUUUGAUAUUUUUUCCACAUAUUUUCUGUGAAAGUAUUGUUGAAAAUGCCUUCCAUAUUGUUUAUUCUGUGAUUAGACCAAUUCCUCAUCUUAGUCUGCAAUGUUAACCCUAAAAAGACUGGGGGGGGGCUGAUUCAGCCCUCCCUCGACAUUUUUCGCCAUAAAUCCGCCGCGCAAAA